UAUUAUUAUUAAUUUUUUUUUCUAGAAUAACAGUAAUGAAGCAAUUACUUUACUGGAGAAUCUUGGUGAAUUUAAGUAUAAACUUGGAAUUGUGAGCACACUUGUUACGCUAUAUUUAAAUGUUGACAAUUUUAAAGCGGCAUCUGACUUAUUUAAUGACACUUUGUCUUGGUAUAGUCAAAAAGAGGUGGAUAAUUCAAAGAUAACCAUUUUAUUAAAACAACUUGCAAAAUUACAUUUACGGGAACAAGAUCCCAAGGAAGCAGCUAAACGUCUAACGCGACUACUUGAAUUAAAUCCUAAUAAUAAAAAGUUUUUGGCGCAACUCAUUAUCGCCUACACACAGUUUGACCCAGAAAAAGCUCAAAUGUACAGUAAGCAACUUCCACCAUUGGACCUUCAAGAUACUGACAUAGAUUUACUUGAGAAUACUAACUGGAUGAUGGGAUCUAAAUUAAUCAAAAAGUCCACAUUGAAACCAGAUUUUGCAGGAUCCAAGACAGAAGUAGAGAAGAAACGAAAGAAGAAAAGAAAGAUUAUAUUGCCCAAAAAUUUCAACCCAGAUGUGCCUCCUAAUCCUGAACGUUGGUUACCAAGACACGAGCGUACUGGAUACCGGAAGAAGAAAGACAGGAGAAGCAAAGAAACAGGCAUCGGUAAAGGAACGCAAGGGGCCAGCAAUGUGUCAAGUGAACAAUUUAACAUCAAAAACAUUGCGGCUCAACCUAAACCACAGACUGCUCAAGUGCCUUCCGAAAAUGCACCCAGGCUUCAACACCGAAAGGGAGGACAAUAUAAAAAGAAGAAGAAGGGAAAAUAAACAUAUAAUUUGUUACUAACCAAUAAACAAAUUUAAUUAUAUAAUAGUAUAAUUAAUAUCAAAUUCCAUCAACAAAUUUUUAAUAUAUAUAUUAAAUAUUUCCUUAUCUA